AUGGAACCUGAAGGUUACGUCUUUAACAAACCAGUCACAGUUCUUCUCUCUCACUGUGCUGCUCAAGACGGUGCUUAUGCUGAUUAUUAUGAUCUAACCAUUCAGAAAUUGGGUAAAGAAUGUGAAGAUUUAAAGACAGAACAACUUGGCAAGCCUAAAGGUAGGACACUAGUCAAGAGUAAUACUUACCCUGAACAUUGGAGGGAAAGGAGGUAAAAAUGGACUGGGGGAAAGGAAUAUGACCAGGAGAAAAAAACAGGGGAAGUAGAGGUUGAAAAAGGAUUUAAAAGCGAGGAGAAAUAAGAAUAGAUGGUAAGGAAGGAGUGGAUAGGGAAAUUGAGGGGAGGAAAAGUCUCAAGAGGGGAAAAGACCCAAGAGGGGAAAAGGUAGAAAGAGUGGUGGAUAUAGGAAAAAGAAGGGAAAGAGUAGGAGUGGGUAGUGAGCAAACAAAAAGAUACGAUAGUGAAGGAGACGAAGAGGAGAAAAAGAGAAGAAUAAAGGAAUGGAGAAAGAGCUCGAAGAGGAGAAAUCGGUGAGAAGAGGGGAAUUUGAGUAGGCGAUAUAGGGCUAGUAAAGAAGAGGAGAAAGCAGAGGAGCAGAAUACAAAGACAAAAAAAAUGCAAAUUAGUUAAAUAGGAGGAGAAAGAAAAACAAAAUGCAGAUUCUCACACUAGCUUGCCAUCUGUUCUGCUACCGCAAAGUAGGGAAGUGCCUUUAUUAUGUGGAUUACAAUAACAGUUCAUAGUCUUAACAAAACUAUCAAUCUAUCCCCCAGUUACUAUCCACAAAUCUAGGAGGGUACACUGCAUUACGAUGUGCAAAAACUAAAUUGAUGCUAAAGUCACUUAACUCAUGUGACCUAACACACGGUACCCCAGUGCCCCAGUAUGAGAAACCAGUUUUACGCUUAUUCCGUAAAUUCAGACAACGAGAGUCGAGAAACUUAAAAUCCUUCUUCAGACGAAGACUAGUCUACAAAAAACUAAACUAGGUACAGGUAGUCUUGUUUUUUGUUUUGUGAAUAUGUAUAUACUCAAAGUAUUGCCAACGAUGCACUUUGCUUUUAAAUUUUGACUUUUAGAUUUACCAGAGAAAACUGUUUCUGAUUUCUGUGACAUCUUCGAGUAUUUACCUCUUGCACAAACCAGCAUCACAGAAGCGUCGACAUUAGUUGCGACGACCAGGAUACGAUCUGAGGAAAUUAUUCUGGUGCCUGAUGAAAUGUAUGUUUAUCCGAGAUCUUAUGGAAACGAGAGCGAUCUCGAGAUAAUCUUUCCUGUUGGAGCUGUGGAAGAGGAAUGUCGUUUAACUGUGCAG